CCGGGAGCGGGAGCUGUCCGCAAGUCCUAGUGCUGAAGUAGUCUCAGCCGUUCCUCGUGCCCAGUGCCUGGUAUCCAGUGCCCGGGUGAGCGGAGACCAUGGCGUUUAUGGUGAAGACCAUGGUGGGUGGACAGCUGAAAAAUCUCACCGGGAGCCUGGGAGGCGGAGAGGACAAGGGGGACGGGGACAAAUCUGUGGCUGAAGCACAAGGCAUGAGCCGAGAGGAGUACGAGGAGUAUCAGAAGCAACUGGUGGAAGAGAAGAUGGAACGGGAUGCACAGUUCACACAGAGGAAGGCAGAGCGAGCCACACUGCGGAGCCACUUCCGAGACAAAUACCGACUGCCAAAGAGUGAGACAGAUGAGCGCCAGAUCCAGAUGGCAGGUGGAGACAUGGAGCUGCCCCGGGAGCUAGCCAAGAUGAUCACCGAGGACACGGAGGAGGAGCGGGCCUCUGUGCUUGGGCAGCUGGCCAGCCUCCCUGGCUUGGACCUCGGCUCCCUCAAGGACAAGGCCCAAAACACACUGGGAGACCUCAAACAAUCAGCAGAAAACUGCCGGCUCAUGUAACCACUCUCCGGGGGCUGUCUGCUGGGGUGACGAGAGGGCUGGGCCCACAUGAGGCUAGAGCGUAGCCUGCCUCCCAGGGACACUGCCUCAUCCUGGCUCAUCACCUGCCCCAUCAGAGUCCAACCCUGCUCAUGUAGGUCCUGAGCUUGCCUUCUGGUCUCUUCUUCAACUUACUUAUCAAGACCCACCCUCCCUACUCAGCAUUGGAGUGUGUGUGUGGGGGGGGAGGGGACUUCCCUGGAUUAUAAAACUAGCCUGGUCUCUCUCUGGCCAUGCCCCCAAGCUCUGCACAUGAAACACACAGAGGGAAAAACCCUAGUGUGCCCAGGGUGACCACAGGUGAGCCCUGGCACGUACAGACUCACCCAAGCAGCCAGUCCCCUGGUGCCUUUCUCCUCUAACACUGACUCUCAGACGUGUAUAGCAGGGACUUCGGGCAGCCACCCUCAGCAGACAGAAAGCCAGGAGUUUAUUCUCCUUGGAAGCCAUGGCACCUUCUGGGCCUCAUCUCAUCGUCUCUAAAAUGGGGAUCGUCUGAGGGAUGUCUAAGGCUUGUCCUUACUGGCCCUCAGAACCAAACUCUUGCCCCUCCUUGGGCAAGACAGCAGCUGCAGCUGUGGCCUCAAGCGACUGCCACUGUACAGUAGAUGCUGGCUCCUGGGAGCUGAGCUAUGCUGGGUGAGGGCCGAGUGCCAAGGGUGAGGCUGGCACUGAGCGGUAGCCAGGCGGCUCCCGGCCUCCUCUGGGCCCAUGCCCAGACAAUUUCUGUUCCGUUCCCAUAGAACUCUCUCUGGAUUCCAUAGCUGGAGCUCCUUUCUCAACUCAGUGAAAAA